CCACGACCACCACCUCCUGUUAUUUUCGGAAUUCCCCAAAUUAGCCUACCCCACUUCUCAAAUUCUCCAUCUCCACCACCCUUCAAUCCCCAAUUUAGGGUUUCUGAUCUGAUCCACCUCUUUCCCCCAAUUCUCAGAAACCCUAAUUCCUCAUUCCUAGGGUUUUGGUUUCCAUUACCGUUUUGUUUUCAUUUUCGUCGCUUUAGCUACAUAUUUUAAUCGUUGACGAUGAAGAAGCAGACGAGGAGGAGGAGGAAGAAGACCUCGCCGGCGGAUCCGACGCCGGCCGCCGCCCCCAAAGACGACGCCGAGGAGAAGGCCGUCGCCGCGCUGAGGGAGGCUUUCUCGUCUGUCUCGGUUGACGACGCCGUUUCGGCGCUUCAUGAAGCCAACGGCGACCCGGACAAGGCCGCGGAGAUUUUGGUCGAGUCUCUCGCCGACGCUUCCGACGAGCCGUUCACGAGCACUACGUCCGGCGUUUCCGGCUCCGAUACAGGGUCUGAUGAUCCGUUUACUAGCUCUUCGUCGUCCAGCGGCGUGUCCGGAUCUGAUACGGGCUCGACUUCCGGGUCGGGUUCGUCGGAGGGGUUUGAGUCGGGUUGUGUUCAGAAUUUAGUGAGCGAGAGGUGUAGGAAUAAGCAGAAGAGGGUGAUUGCGUCGGCCGGAACGGUUUCGAAUGUGCUGGGAAAAGAGUAUGUGAGGUCUAGGAUGACGAAGCCCUCUGGUUCGAAAACUGGAGAUGCUGUUGGGGAAGAGGAAGCGGAACAGUUCCUCUGUUCAAUGCUUGGUGAUGACUCUGAGCUCAACAUGGCUGUUAUUAGAGAUGUGCUUUGUCAGUGUGGGUAUGAUGUUGAAAAGGCCUUGGAUUGCUUACUUGAGGUAUCUGCGUCCUUGUCUGAACAGUCCAGCCUUAGUUCUAACUAUAGUUUGGUUUAUAAAGACGAUGGUAGAUAUCCUGCCGGACAGUUUGACUAUGUAAGUGCUCUGACAGAUAGGGCAUCAGAUUGUACUUCUUAUUCAUCUGAGGAUAAUAUAUGGUAUUCAGGAUACUCUCGCCGGAACUAUGCGGAGGUUCUUGCUAGUUCGGAAGCUCAUCCCCCCACGAGCCCAAGUACUACCGAAUCAAAUCUCCCGCAAAAGGUGUUGGAAUCUUUGUUUAACAUAUCUAAGACUCCUGAAUAUGAACCGAAAGCUAUGAAUUGGAAGAAUGUAGUGAGUAAGUUGCAGUCAUUAGGACCUGAAUUUGAUGGUUGCACGUCAAGCUCUUCAGUAGCAAAACAAGACACUUUGGCUAAAGGAGAUGAGUAUCAUGAAUUUAGAGGAACUGCAAGGCAGCACUGGGAUACCAUGAAGUCUUACUAUCAGAAGGCUGCUACAGCAUAUUCAAACGGAUCAAGGGGGCAUGCAGGCUAUCUUUCUGAGCAGGGGAGGGUACAGACUAAAAUGGCACAAAAGGCUGAUGAAAAGGCAAGCCAGGAAAUCUUCAAAGCUAGAAACAAGGACAUAGAAAAUGUGAUAACAAUCGAUUUGCAUGGGCAGCACGUCAAACAAGCAAUGAAGCUUUUAAAAAUCCAUCUUCUAUUUGGAACAUAUGCUCAAUCGGUUCAAUUUCUCAGGGUUAUCACAGGAUGUGGGUCUCAUGGUCUAGGAAAGUCAAAGCUGAAACAAUCGGUCAUACAGCUUGUUGAGAACGAAGGUAUCACAUGGUCUGAAGAGAAUAAGGGGGUUGUAUUAAUAAAGCUUGGUUCACACACGGAGUUCAACUUUAUGGAUUCCGAAAGUGAUGACGAGUGAGUUAACUGUAACAGAAACUAGUCUUUAGAACCCGCCAAAGGCUGGCCUUUGUUGUCAGUUACUAGGGAGUUGCUAAACCCUCCACAGGUUCUGUUGUCAACUAUUUAGUUAGUCAUUGUGUUCUGUAAUAUUCAGAGGCCAGGUUUUAGAUGUCCAUAUUCAUCUCUCUCCAUAGGUCCAGAUUUACUUGAAACCCUCUUUUUAAAGAAACUCGAUACAUCUCAAGAUGCUCUUUGUACACUGUACAGAGCAUGUAUAUACAUGAGAAACCAAGUGUAAUUUAUCUUAGUAUUUAAUGACUUGACACAGGCCAUCAUAUGCA